AUGGAUUUCAACAGCACCUCGCCAUACCCCGAGGGGGUCAUCUCCUUCCUCGACACUGACUUGUACAAGUUGACGAUGCAAUGCGCCGUGUACAAGUGCUUUCGAGAUGUCCCUGUAUCCUAUGCCUUCACCAACCGAACUCCCGACAAGAAGCUGUCACGCGCUGCGUUCAAGUGGUUGCAGGAGCAAAUACGAAAGCUCGGAAACAUCUCGCUGUCGAAUGAAGAGUACCGCUUCCUCCAAACGCACUGCGAUUAUCUCACCCCCGACUACCUCGAUUUCCUCAAAGACUUCCGCCUCGACCCUCGCGAACAAGUCAAAGCCACAUUCAAGCCCGUGGACAAGGACACCGGUGCCGACGACGAGCUUGGCGAUAUUGACAUCAGCAUCAAGGGUGCGUGGGUGGAGACCAUUCUGUACGAGAUCCCUAUACUGGCCUUGACCUCGGAGGCGUACUUCCUUUUUAUGGACAAGGAUUGGAACUAUGACGGUCAAGAGCAGGCAGCGUUCGAGAAGGGCAUGAGGCUCCUGGAAGCGGGCUGUAUCACAUCCGAGUUUGGCACCCGGCGCAGGAGGGAUUAUCACACGCAGGCACUGGUUUUUCGCGGCCUGGUCAAGGCCUCUGAGAAAGCAAAGGAGCAAGGUUACCCAGGCAAGCUCUCAGGGACAAGCAAUGUCCACCUGGCCAUGCGCUUCAACAUUCCACCCGUUGGUACUGUUGCACACGAGUGGUUCAUGGGGACUGCUUCCAUCGUAGGCGACUACACUACGGCGACCGAGGAAGCCCUGAGGCGAUGGGUGAGCUGCUUCGGACCGAAGCUCGCCAUCGCACUGACGGAUACUUUCGGUACCCAAGAAUUCCUCAAGGCUUUCAGCAAGCCUGUGCGGCCGAUUGACAGCAGCUUCCCGCGCGAAACAUUCCAGAAGGAGGACGGCACCCCCAAGACGUAUGCCGAGCUAUUCACCGGCGUGCGUCAGGACUCUGGCGAUCCCGAGGAGUACGUCAAGAUCCUGCGGGAGUACUACGAUGGGGAAGGGAUCAAAGACAAAAAGACAAUUGUGUUCUCGGAUUCGCUUAACAUUGAUCGCUGCCUGGAGUACAAGCAGGUUGCGGAGAAGUUUGGCUUCCAUCCGACCUUUGGCGUCGGCACAUUCUUGACAAACGACUUUACCCACCUGAAGACGGGGGCCAAGUCGGUGCCCUUGAACAUUGUCAUCAAGCUGAGCUCGGCGGCGGGUCGCCCAGCCAUCAAGAUCAGUGACAACAUUGGUAAGAACACUGGAGACAAGAGCACCGUCGAAAAGGUGAAGCAAGAGCUUGGGUACGUUGAACAUGAAUGGGAGGGUGGCGACGAGACAUCACGCUGGGGCAAGGAGGGCGAGAAAUAA